UUGUCUUUCUCUCUUUUGCAGGCAUGGUUCAGAAACUUGACCAGAAGCUGCCUGUAGCCAACGAGUACCUGCUGCUUUCAGGUGGUGUGCGAGAAGGUGUGGUGGACAUUGAUCUUGAUGAGCUGAAUGUUUAUGCACGAGGCACGGACUAUGACAUGGACUUCACCCUCCUUGUUCCCGCAUUGAAACUGCAUGACCGCAACCAGCCGGUCACGCUGGACAUGCGCCACUCGGCUUUGUGCCACUCCUGGCUGAGCCUGCGUCUGUUUGAUGAAGGAACUAUCAGCAAAUGGAAGGACUGCUGCACGAUCGUGGAUCAUAUCAAUGGAGCUACCAAUUAUUUCUUCUCUCCAACAAAAGUUGCAGAUUGGUUCUAUGACUCCAUUAGCAUUGUCCUCUCUGAGAUCCAGAAAAAACCCCAGCGAGGGAUGCCAAAGGUGGAGAAGGUAGAAAAGAAUGGGACUAUCAUAUCCAUAAUUUUAGGCGUGGGCAGCAGCCGCAUGCUGUAUGACAUUGUCCCUGUGGUGUCCUUCAAAGGUUGGCCAGCUGUGGCCCAGAGCUGGCUGAUGGAGAACCACUUCUGGGAUGGGAAGAUCACAGAGGAGGAAGUCAUAAGUGGGUUUUACUUAGUGCCUGCAUGCUCCUACAAGGGGAAGAAGGACAAUGAAUGGAGGCUGUCAUUUGCCAGAAGUGAAGUACAGCUGAAAAAGUGCAUCUCCAGCAGCCUCAUGCAAGCCUAUCAGGCCUGCAAAGCUAUCAUCAUCAAAUUGCUGUCCCGCCCCAAAGCCAUUAGUCCAUAUCACUUGCGGAGCAUGAUGCUGUGGGCCUGUGACAGGCUACCAGCCAACUACUUGGCCCAGGAGGAUUACGCAGCCCAUUUCCUCCUGGGUCUCAUUGAUGAUCUCCAGCACUGCUUGGUCAACAAGAUGUGCCCCAACUAUUUCAUCCCCCAGUGCAAUAUGCUGGAGCACCUCUCUGAAGAAACCGUCAUGCUGCAUGCACGGAAGCUGUCCUCAGUCCGCUCAGACCCUGCCGAACACCUUCGAACUGCCAUCGAACAUGUCAAAGCAGCCAACCGGCUAACGCUAGAGCUCCAACGACGGGGCAGCACCACCAGCAUCCCCUCCCCGCAGUCAGAUGGAGGGGACACCAACCAGCCUGAUGACCGAUUAGCCAAAAAGUUGCAACAGCUAGUGACUGAGAACCCUGGGAAGUCUAUCUCUGUCUUCAUUAACCCAGAUGAUGUCACAAGGCCCCACUUCAGAAUUGAUGAUAAAUUUUUCUGAGCUUUCAUCAAUGUUUCUUGGUAUUUUUUUCUUUUGUUUUGUUUUUAAAAACUCUUGCAGCGUGCAGGUUUUUUCCUUUGGUUUUUCUUGAUGACUUAGUCUCUUGUUUUUUACAUAUCCAGCGUAGAUUGGAUCUGUUGAGAACAAUCUGAAUAAAUUAUAAUUCCUGGUUCUGCAGGACGGUGCAGAUUUUGAAACUGUAUAUUACUAUUUCAUAUGCUGCUUUGAUUUUUUUCACCCACCCAGCCCCAUUGUCUGUGAGUAGUUUCUAAAGGAGAACAUGCACUGUAAACACACAUGCCACAGUGUAAUGUAGAUUUUUUUUUUUUUCAAGCUUGCAUAAUUUAUGAACAUUGAUUGGCCUGGGGAAGGGACAACUGACCUUCCAUUGCUUUGGAAAUUCACUCCUUGUUCCAUGAGCUUCCAUCACCCUAAAGAAAUGAGGAGAGAUUCUGGGUUGGAAAGCACUACUGGUGAUUUGAUGAGGCCAGAUCUGCUGGGCUGAAGCUCAGUUCAUCUGUUCCUCACAUUUCUCACACUAGGGGAGAAAGUUGAC